CUCAUCAUCAAACUUCAAGCGCAGUCGUGAGCUUGGCACCAUUCCUGCUGAGCGCUGCUUCUCUCAGCCGCAGCGCUGCAGAGGAGAGCCUUGCACCUCUUCAGCAAAAGUAGACGGUAGCGAGAAGACGGCGACAGAAUGGGGGGAAGCUGUGCAACAUGCAUUUGAUUUGAGGGGCGUCCAUUUGUUCAGGACUCCCAACUUCUGCAAAAGUGCGAGACACUCCUUAGAUGUGGUAUGCAGAAAGACUCGCAGUAGUAGCCCUAUUUGCUUGAUCCCUACCUUCUUUGGAAGGCCUUGAACCCUAAACCUGUUGCAAGAUCCUUUCAUCCUUAUUCUGCACCCUGCGGCAGGUGCAGCAGACUGGGAGCUCAAACAAAUGUUCCCGCCAUAGGCAGGCUUCUGAGAGCACUGCCAAAUGCAGUUCAUUCUAUGAGGUAAAAGCGGAAGCAGCUGAUAUAGUUCUGCCCAACUGUUGGCUGUUCGUGACGCCGCGCUUGAGCUUCUCAAUGUCCUAGACCUGUGCGGUUAAGAAGUGCAACACGCUCCUUUGCAGUACAAAUCAGAGGCCAGCCUCCAUUCCUAGCCAUUUCCUCGAGUGCGGACAGAACCUGACCUGUCUUUGUGCGGUGGUUAGCCAGCAGAGUGGGUGAAAGAGCAUCACUCCAAGUUUUCGCUCAAACCCCAAGUAAGAACUAGCAUGGCCAGCCAGUCGGAGCGCGCGCGAAUGGACCAGAUCGUAUCCGAGUUCUAUGCCAAGAGCCUGCACAUCAUCCUGGGGUCGCGCAUCCCGUCUGUGUCCCGCCUCUCCGGCAGCGCGUCGAGCGUCCGAAACUCGUCGAACCGCUGGUUCAACCUGGAGCUGGACACGUCUGAAGCGAUCUCGGACCUGGCAGAGCCAUGGAGGAGGGGCGCUGCAGAGCCAAUGAUUGUAGACGUGCUUUUGCAGCAGCCGGGGGCGCACGGGUGGAGCGAGCCGCCAUCGCCGACCGGCAGGGGAAGCUCCCCGUCAAGCAGUUACGGACGUGGCAGCCCUAUGUCAGACGAAGGGCCCAGAAGUCCCUCGGGCACCUCCACUCUCCUCGAGCGCUGGGUCAUCCACUACGAGCGCCGCAGGCGGAGCUCCAGCUCAGACGGCCUAGAGGGUCUCGCCGACGCAGCCGACGACACCAGCGGGCCAGGACUUCUAGCCUUCCCCGGGAGCCACAACAUCGAGGUCCCCGUUGUGUAUAAGCGCACGGUCAUCCUGCUGCGGUCGCUAUAUGCUAUGACGCGCCUCCUGCCGGCGCACCGGUUAUACCGGCUGGUUAAGUCUAACCCUCAGCAGAGGAAGGGCGGGUUUUACCUGACCUACAGGGUUAUGUCGGCAGCGCCGCCGAUGCCUGAGUCAGAGAUGGGGUCCAUGAGCACUUCGCGGCUGAGCCCGGUGGACACACCAAGUGGGAGGAUCAGCCUGUCGGUUAUGUACAGGCACACAACGGCGGUGACUGCGCUUGAGGUCGGCCCCUCCAUCCUCCCCCGCAUCAUCGCGGACUACGUUGGCAGCCCCACGACCGACCCGCUGCGCCGCUACCCCCCCUCCGCGUACCCCGCCCCCGCCGCCGGCGCCUCGGCAGUCCGCCAAGGCCUCAGAGUCGUCCCCCUGCAACCCACCUCCCCCCUCAACCGGCGCCACAGCAUCGGGGGCAGCCCAACCUCGCUCCAGCGCAACCCCAACUUCCCCCCCCCUUCGUCUCCUUCCUCAAAACACCACGCGGCGCGCUUCCAGUCCCCCUCGAUGCGGACGACGUCGCUGCCACCCCAGACAAGCUCCCCGAUCCCCAUCUCCCGGGGGGGACCUUCGGCGGGCUUCGCGCACCCCCCCUCGCCGAGCCCGUCGCCGUCACCCCCCCCGCACCAUCAGGACGUGUCGGCGCACUAUGCACGGUCGGCGAGCGCACCCGUGAGCAUCCCCCGUCCUCCGGCCCGGGCCAACUCCAUGGCGCCCGUUCACACCUCCAGCAGCAGCGGGGCCCAUUCACACCGCGACCGGUCGCUCAGCUCGGGGGACCAGCCUUUUGGUGGGAAUGCGCUCUCGGGAACAUCCCCCUCCCAGUCCGCCCCGCAGCGGUACCCCCAAUUUACACGCAGCAAGAGUGAGAAAAUGGGCGUUCCCAGGGGGGAUCUGCCGGGCAGCGGGACGCCCCCCCUGCCGCGACCGUGGACCGCAAGUUCUCCCCCGAAAUGGCAGCCGUCGUCGGCGCCCAGCGGGCCAGCUUUUCCGGAAAGCUGGGGUCCGGGAACGCGGCCGUCGACCCCGGGGCUCAGAACGCCGGGCCCCGAUUACCUUUCCACCCCCGGCAGCGAGGCCUCCGGCCCCAUGCUCUCCUUCUCCCCCCCGCUGCCCUUCGCUUGCACCCCCCGACCCCCUUCCUUCAGCGGACUGUCCAAAACCAGCGGCUCGUCAACGUCCGAAAGGAGCGCCGGACGGGCCACUCCCCCCAUUUCCGGGCGGGACAGCUCAGCGCUCCAGCUGGCGCGCUACCCGUCAUUUUCGAUGUCGAUGGAUCCCAAGGCGGCGGCGCGCGCGUCGAUUUCGCCGGUCACGGAGUCGCCGCACUCGAUGUCGCCGCCGCAGCACUACUUGGUUAUGAACAGGGCUUUGCUCGACGAGCGUGGCGGCUUCCCCGCCGGCCUCAAGCGGUCGCUGUACCACCCGGGCCGGGCGACGCUCUCCACCGCGAUGCCGCUCGACGACGACCUGGAAGACGAAGCGGACCUGCCGUUCGCCGUGGAUGACGUGGAGAGCGACAGCCAGCGGAAGACCAGGAUCGAAAGCUCGAGCGCCUGGCCGACCAGCCCCGCCCACCUGGCCGCCACGCAGUCCGCCAGCCACGGCUCGGACGCCGCCGUCGGCGCCCUCGUCCGAAUCCUCAAGUCCGCCGCGCCCCUCCGCUCACACCCGUCUUCCGCCGGAAGCUCCCCGGCCCACCCCGCGAGCCUUCCCUCCUCCUCCGGGGCAUUCGGAACGUCCCCGGGGGGGGGCAUGGUCGGCGCGCGCUUCUCCAGCGUGACGUCACCCAUCCGGAGCGCCGCGGCCGGGCGGACCACGCCCCCCGGGGGGGUGCAGCGGCAGUGGGAGGAGGGGGGGGGCGAAGCGCGGCACACGGUCGCCGAGGCGCUGGAGGAGUUACAGGGGUUCAGCGUGAUGCGGGACGGGUUGCUGCGGCAGAGGGGGGAGCAUGGGUCGUCCCGGGGGGAUAGCUACGGCCGGGGAAUGGACCCCCGGGCGAGUGCCGGGGAGCCGGGGGUUCGGCGGGCGGGGAGUCUGAGCCCCAGGGGGCUGCCGCAUGGAGGGGCGUCCAUUCCGAGGCCAACUGUGCUUAUUAGAUAGGGGGCUGAUGGCAUAUCUGCCAUUCUGUCUCUUCCACUCACGGCCCCAUUACUCAACCUUUCUAAUUGUAGAUGCAGUCUGCUGGAAGGAAACGGUCUCAAUCGAAGAGAAGGGGAGACAGAGACGGAGCAGCGAGGGUUAACGUAGGAGGUGUGUGUUGGGCUAGCUGAUGAGAGGCGUCGUCUCCGCUUCAUUCGGCGGCAGUCUGCGUGCGCAAGCAUAGUGACGACUGUACGAAAGGACUGGUUCUUAGGCUAGAGGCGAGGUUUAGGCACAUGUACAUUUGUCAGGCUGGUUUAGUAACAUAAGUAAGAUAGAAGGUGGUUAAGAUCGUGUACAGUGAACGCAGUGGCAUCACGCCAUGGGACAACGGUGUUCGGGCCGAGGAAGGGCCUGGAAUCGCUCUAAGUGCUGACAAAACCUAGCACUGAACCUUGAAAGACAAUUCCAGUCCGGGGAUGGGACUUGAGCUCAAAGUAAUGUCGGCGGGGUACUUUCCUAUUGGAAAACGUGCCUCUCAGGUGCGACAGUGUUGGCGGACUUGAUUGGACCGCAGCAUACAACGAAGCGCUCUUUUCAGCUCGGUUGGACUUCUUGACGAGAUCAGCACGCCAAGCGCUAUGGGGGCCAGGCAGGAGAGGUCGAGAGAAGGUGUCCAUGCGUCCGGCAGGCGGCAUGACAAGAUUGAACAGUAAUAUGUGCAUUCUCGACGGUCGAUCUGGACCCCGCCUGUUUAAGC